AUGGCCUGCCAGGCAUAUGGAGGAGCCAUCAAAAUUCCAGAUCAUUGUCAGCAUGGCAAGAAAUUGACCAACUGUCACGUGGCCCAUUGUAUCACUGCUCACAUCACGGAUCACAAUAAUGUCGGUAUAUUUCAGCUGAUGCCACACAAGGCAGAUGCCAAAGCUAUCAACCAGCAAAACCCGCAAAAAGAGCACGCAGUUGUGACUUAA